AUACGUGUUCUGAUUUAUUAUUAAAGUAGAUUACACUGCACGAGAUAAAUCGAAGAAAAAAAAAAACAUUUUUUUAAACAAAAAAAUUGGUGAUUAAAAUAAAGUAAUAUUUGAUUGAGAAAAAAUAAUGAAACCAAGCAUUCGAAAUAUGGUUUCGGUUCGAAAAUACAUUGGUGUUACCAAAUUUCCAUCGAUCAAUUGGAUUUUGUGUGUAGCCAUUUGGAUGCUUGUAUUUAUUAGUUGUAAUGAGAGCGCUUCGCUGAAAAGAAGUGCAUCGCCAGAUUUCAAUGCAGAAAAUUCAGAAAGUGGAAUGGACAGAAUAAAUGUGAGCUACGAUGAGUAUCCGAUGGUCGUUCCAAAGCGUGCAGCGAUGUUGCUCGAUCGAAUAAUGGUGGCAUUGCAUCAUGCACUCGAGGAUAAUGACAGAGAAGGUAUUCAAAGGAUUGCAGACAUGCACAAGGUUAGUCGGCAUCCCGUAAGCAACGUACGUUUGCAAAAGGAAUUCAUGCAACAAUUCAAAGCAGCUGGAACGGAAAAUGAUUUGAAUUACUUUGACCUCCCAAUUGAUUUUAAUGUUGAAACAAUGAAUGAAAUUGAAGGAACGCAUUCAACAGAUGAAACGAUGGGAUUGCAACGAAGAGGACACGGAGAAGCUCUCGGAACAAAUAAAAAUCGAGUCUAUUGGCGAUGUUAUUUCAAUGCAGUCACCUGCUUCUAAAAUGUCACUCACAGUUUUUUCUCAUUUUAUUUACACCAUUUUUUGUUAUUUCUUUGUUAGUUUCAAUCUAACAUUAAAAACCGUUUGGUUACAUCAUUUUGAAGAAUUUUUUCCAGAAUUUUCGAAAGGAACAUUCAUCAUUUUCACUAUCUGAAAAGUUUAAUGUCUCAAUCUAAUCAUUCACGUACACAUUUUAUGUAUCCAAUAUUAAAUUGAUUAAUAGAGCAAUUGAUAUAUACACGAAGAGUAUUUAAUGUGGUUAUUCGUAUUUGGUUUUAAACCAAUGGUUUGUAUGAUUCAUCACAAUAUAUGUGUGAACUUUUUUUUCUCGAUAAAUAAAGCUUCAAAAAAGGCGGAGUGUAAAUAGUUUUGAAAUUUUAUUGCAAAACGAUGUAAUUUAGCGGAUUUAUAACUUUUCAUUAUCCAUUUGACAGAACAAUGACUGUCAACACCAUAUGCAACAAUUAACGCAUGCAGUUUAUAUUAUGAAAAUAGUAUAAUUUAAAUGGCAACAAAUAUUUAUAUAGAGCUGAACCAUUUUUGUUCUCGAACUACGUCAUAGCCGAAGCAUAAUAUGCACACGCCAUUCGUUAUCAUUGUGAAAUAAAAGAUGGUAGCGAACGUCCAUGUUCGAAUGAAUCGCCAUUGAAUCUAUCACUCCGAAAAUAAUCCCAACAAAUUUUCUCCCUCAAUUUUGUUCAAAACUCGUCACGGACGGACAAUCACAUUUUUUUACAAUCAUUCGAUUUCUUAACGUUUUCAAUUUACUUUUCUAUACUCACACCCAUUUAAUGUCAACUAUAGUUUCGCAUCAAACGUAAAUGCCAGCCAUGGCGUUAUAAUUUUUCUCUAAAAAGACAAUACAAUAACAUGGAAUGUGAGUCUGAUCUCC